AUGAACUAUAACAAGGCUCUCGGCACCGCCACUGCCAACGGCGUCACCGCUGGCAAAGGUGGUGCGGCCUACGCCGCGGCGUCGGGACUCAACUCCGAGGCUGCAGUGCGAUUCUGCUCGUCUGCAGGGCAAUACCGCCAAGUUUACGGACGGCAGCACGUUGUACAUGGAGGCGGGCUGGGGGUCGUCGUGGGCGGCGGUGCUGUCGAUUUGCGACGGGAGCAAGCCGACUGGCACGGUGGUGCCCAUGAGUGGAUGGAAGCUGGUGACCGGUUGCACAGCCAGGGUGAGAAAGUGCUGGCGCUGUUCGUUGGCGGAACCGACGGCGGGUCCGUCGGCGGGUUUGCUGGCGGGUCCGUCGGCGUGCUUGCUGGCGGGUCCGUCGGCAUUUUUUCUGGUGCGUUCCAGACGUGCGCGUUGGCGUGCGUUGCUGGUACUGCGCGGGCGACGGGCUGA